UCCUCCUUUGACAGCCACGAGACGGGGGUGGUUUGUGGUUGCGUGUCUUUGGUCUUGGAGGGUUUUAGGUUCCUCUCUCCUCCCCUUCAUCUUCUUCUCCUUGGUCAAGUCCCUCGCAACACGAUGGCGGAAACUGAGAAGCCGACCGACCUGAACAAGCUCCUGGAGCAGUUUCGCCGGCGAGCCUCCGAGGCCGAGGAUCGCUUGUCCAGACUCGAAGCUACCGUUACAAAAGAGAAGGAUGCUUAUGAGGAGGAAUACUCAAAAAAGAUUAGCAAGCUGGAAUCAGAGCUCGAACAUUCAAAGUCAGAGUUAGCUGCCGAACAUAAAAAGGCAGGGGAGCUUGCUGCGGAGAACGCAAAACUCAAAUAUCGCAUGACUCAUCUGGUUCAAGCAGUGAAGGAAGCCGAUCUAAAGCUAGAAGGCAAGGGAGCCUGAGUAAAUAUAUGUGCGAUUCUCCUUAUCAGAAAAUGAAUAGGUGACAUACAAAAGCAAAAUUAAGAUUGAAUGACAAGAUACCUUUGAAUUACUUCCAAACUCUAGAAUGUAUUGCAAACCUUUUUCUGUCUUGACACUGGUGACUUGAAUGUUAUGGAUCACAGUAAUCUUAUUGCUCUUAAUGAGUUUACUUUUAUGAGAAAGGUUAUAUUAAAUUGUCAUUACAA